AUGGAUCGGAUGACUACGGAUUUGAGAAAAUAUCUGCAUCGACGUAACCAAAUUACUUGGAACGAAAGAAUUAAAAUUGCUUUUAAUAUAAUAUAUGCACUUUAUAGAAUUCAUGAGGAGGAUGCCAUUCAUAGAGACCUGCAUUCUGGAAAUAUAUUAUAUUCACAACAUAAUAAUGAAUGGUAUAUUAGUGACCUUGGAUUUUGUGGCCCAGUAAACAAGUCACAGCAAGACAUAUAUGGAAAUCUUCCUUAUAUAGCACCCGAAGUUAUUUGUGGAAAAAGAUAUACUUUUAAAUCCGACAUUUAUAGUAUUGGUAUGCUUAUGUGGGAAAUUUCAUCUAGACAACCACCAUUUAUUAAUUAUGAGCAUAAUUAUUAUCUCGCGAUGAAUAUCGUUAAUGGUAUGAGACCAAAGAUCGUAUCAGAUACACCUAUCAGGUAUAAAAAUUUAAUGAAAAAUUGUUGGGACGCUGAUUCAUCAAAAAGACCCGAUAUUUUUGCGCUUUAUAAAGAAAUCCGAGAAAUCAUAAAACCUUUUAUAUCAAAUAACCUUUCUCAAUUAGAAAUAAUUGAUUUAGAAAGUAAUAGUAUUCCUAGCCUAGAAAAUGCUUAUGAAAGUAGCAGAUUAUUUACUAGUAUACAACUUCAAUCUUACAGUUUUCCUGAACCAAGGAACGUGACAGAAGAGGAACAAGAACAAUUUCAUAGUCAAUUUUAUAGCUAUAACAUUCCUUGUAAUAUUCGCGAUUUAGAUAAAUCAAUUUAUCAUCAUUCUGUAAAAAUAUGUAAUAAUUCAAAUGUUCCAGAUGAAUAUAAAAGGUUGAAACAACAAAAUAAAAAUAUUGAUGGUACGAAUAAACUAAAUUUUUAG